AUGGCCACGCCGAACGACAGGGCUGUCCUGCAGACCAUCUUUAACCCCAGCACCCCUUUUGGGGAUAUCCCAGGGUUGGAUGAGGAGGAGGAGGAUGUCCAGGAUGAAGUGGAAGCUUUUCCGUUGGAGCUGCUGGAUCAAGUCCGGGAGCUGGAGCUGCAGGGGGUUUCUGCGGCUGAGUCGGGAGACAUAAGCACGGCCCUGGAGCGGUUCAGUGAAGCCAUUCGGCUGCUGCCCGAGCGCGCCUCGGGCUACAAUAACCGGGCCCAGGCCCUGCGUCUGCGCGGGGACGUGGCAGGUGCCCUGCGGGACCUGGACGCUGCCAUACGCCUGAGCCGCGGCCGCGGGCGCGCCGCCUGCCAGAGCUUCGUGCAGCGCGGCCUCAUCCACCGGCUGCAGGCGCGGGACGAGGACGCCCGGCGGGACUUGGAGCGCGCAGCGCGCUUGGGCAGCGCCUUCGCCCGACAGCAGCUCGUGCUUCUCAACCCCUACUCGGCGCUCUGCAACCAGAUGCUCUGCGAGAUGCUCGGUCGGCUGCGCAACCCCGAUGGCACUGGAAGCGACUGA